AUGGUUCUUGUCUCUAUUCAAUCUCUUAUAUUUGUAUCUGAACCUUAUUUUAAUCAACCUGGUUAUGAACAUACACGUGGUACACCAACUGGUACUGCUCAAUCACUUGAAUAUGAUGAUAAUAUUCGACAAGCAACAAUACGUCAAUUACAAGAAACAUCAUCAACAGAAAAACGUAUUAGUUCAUCAAUAAGUCAACAUGUUCCAUCACUUAUACGUCAUACAAAUGAUCUUAAAAAAGAAUUUUAUUCUUUAACAUCACCUGAUCAUCUUAUUAUUCCAUCGGAAUUAACAAUAUUUUUACUUAAAACAUCAUCAAAUAAUAUUAAUAAUACAACAACAACAACAAUAGUAAAUAUUCCAUCAAUAUCGAAUACAAAUAAAUAA